AUGUCGGAAUCAUUGAUCUUUCACCAAGACAGCGUGAGCUUGCAUCGGAAGCUUUCAGAGGAGCUUAUUCUUCUUGCGACAUCCUCGCUGACUUGACGCCUCGUCUCUACAUACUUCCUGGCAGCCGCUGAAUGCGGAAACGACGUUGCAAGUCCUCUGCCAGCACCUCAUCACGCCCAUCGAGCACGCAUUUCACCGCAACCACGGCGAGCUACUUUCGCAAGAGGCGGUGCCUAAGCGCAUCAACUUUUCAUGCACUGCCAAGCUGCCUUUCGCCGUUGCGAAUCGCACAUUUGAGCUGGACGACUUUGCAGAGAAAGAGACGCUUGUAGCGGUGCUCGAAUGCGCAGGCAACCGUCGUAGCGGAAUGAGCUUGGGUGGGGCCAAACCUGAAGGACUGCAAUGGGGUCCCGGCACCAUUUGCAACGUAGAAUGGCAAGGUGCGUGCGAUGAACAAAUUGCUUUUUUGGAUAUUGACCUUUGGUGACUGAUCACUUCUGAUUUGGGCGCCCCGCGCGUCCAGGUACGCCUCUGCGUUCCAUCUUGGUCAAAUUGCUUCCGGCCGAAGCCAUCGCUUCGACAGAGUGGGCGCGCAAUUUGUAUUUGCACAUCAUCUCGGCGCAAUCGGAUGAUCAAGGCGCAUUUGCAGCUUCACUACCACUCAACGAGAUCCUCUCGCACGACUGUCCGGCACUGUUAGCUCACGCAGCGAACGGUGCGCCGCUGCCUCACCCACACGGUCCUCGGGCAGUGCUGCCAGGCAAGAUCGGGGCUAGGUGGGUAAAGUGGGUCUCUGAAUUGCGCAUCUCCAACUUGCCUAGCGAUGCGGAACCUAUGAAGGAAGAUUACAAGAUCAUUCUACCGCCCCAUGGUGAUGUACAAGCUGCGGAUGAGCAGCGUGAAAAGCUCCUCAGCGCUGCUGAGCCUAUCAUGAGAUUGGGAGUUGGCUCCGCUAUUGCGAGUCCAAAUGAUGGUGAUCGUGUGACUUCUGAUAUCGUUGCGCGAGGAUACGCCGUCCCGACAGGAGGUGAGUAAAGAUGGUGUUCAACCUGACAUGAUCUUCGCUGAUCGGGACCGCCUUCCUGCAGGUCGACCGAUCAAUCGUGUGGAGAUGCUGGCCGUGCCAGAUGACGCAACUUCCACGAUAGAGGGGAUUCGAGAUGCUGCCGCUGCUCGACCAGCAAGCGAGUGGCAGCAAUGCGAUAGCGAAACAAGUCCAGCAGCGCCGCGUGAACUGGGUGGCGCAACCUGGGGCUGGACCUUGUGGUCCGCGGCUCUCCUCUUGCCAGCGCAAAGUGCUGAUCAUACUUUUGCGCUAGUCGUCCGAGCCUGUGAGUGGUGCGAGGCGGGCAGGGCACAGAUUUAGCCCCGACUUACUGAUCAUCAGCCUUCCUUGCCUUCGCUCCUUGCAGCGACUGAUGCAGAAGGGCAAGAAAAGACAUCUGCCUUCAACCUACGCGGCUUCGGUAACCGCUCAUGGCCAGUUGUGCGCGGAUUGGAGCUGUUGCGCAAUGCGGCGUAA